AUGUAUUCUAUAAAAAGUUUGUCUCAGUCAUCAACACUCUCCCAUACUAGAGUCGAAGAAGAACUCCAUGAAAAUGCACAUAUCGAUUAUGACCGCGUUGCUAUUCAAUGGAAUCCCUCAGUUGCUCAAUUAUACGAAGACGCUUUAAAAUAUGAAUCCGGUUCUGUCAUCUCUUCCACUGGAGCAUUAGUUACUGCCUCGGGGCUAAAGACUGGUCGUUCUCCAAAAGACAAACGUAUCGUUGAGGAACCUAGUUCCUCAAAUGACAUAUGGUGGGGACCUGUUAAUACGAAAUUACCCGAACACGUUUUCCUUAUCAAUCGAGAACGUGCCGUUGAUUACUUAAAUACUCGAAAGAGAAUUUAUGUUUUUGAUGGUUUUGCGGGAUGGGAUCCAAAAUACCGUAUUAAAGUUCGCGUUGUAUCGGCUCGCGCUUACCAUGCCUUAUUUAUGAGAAAUAUGUUGAUUCGUCCUACCCCAAAAGAAUUAGAAAGUUAUGGUUCUCCUGAUUUUACGAUAUAUAAUGCUGGUGCUUUCCCGGCAAAUCGUUAUACCACCGGUAUGACAUCUACCACUUCGGUUGCUAUUAAUUUUCACAUGAAUGAAAUGGUAAUUUUAGGGACUGAAUAUGCUGGUGAAAUGAAGAAGGGAAUUUUCUCCGUAAUGCAUCAUCAUAUGCCAGUCAAACACAAUGUUUUGUCACUACAUUCUUCCGCAAAUGAAAAUCCUGAUCCUAACAAAAGAGAUGUAUCAAUUUUCUUUGGUUUAUCAGGAACAGGAAAAACCACUCUAUCUGCAGAUCCCAAAAGGUUGUUGAUCGGUGAUGAUGAACAUUGUUGGUCAGAUGAUGGUAUCUUUAAUAUUGAAGGGGGAUGUUACGCAAAAUGUAUAGGACUCUCAUCUGAAAAGGAACCAGAAAUUUUCAAUGCUAUUAGAUUUGGAUCAGUCUUGGAAAAUGUUGUUUACGAUCCUCAUACCCGUGAAGUUAAUUAUGAUGAUAGUUCAGUUACAGAAAAUACACGUUGUGCUUAUCCAAUCGAAUUCAUUCCCAACGCCAAAGUACCUUGUGUCUCAUCAGGUCACCCCACCAACAUUAUUUUGUUGACUUGUGAUGCUUAUGGUGUUCUUCCCCCAGUAGCAAAACUUUCUUCUGCUCAAGCCAUGUAUCACUUUAUCUCAGGAUAUACUGCCAAAAUUGCCGGAACAGAAGAAGGUGUCACGGAACCUGAAGCUACAUUCUCCGCUUGCUUUGGUCAACCCUUCCUUGUGUUACAUCCAGCACGUUAUGCUAAGAUGUUAGCAGAUAAGAUGGAACAUCAUGCUGCUGAUGCUUGGCUAGUUAACACUGGAUGGAACGGUGGUGCAUAUGGUGUUGGUGAACGUAUUAAGCUCAAAUAUUCUCGAGCCAUUAUAGAUGCUAUUCACUCUUCGGAACUUAAAAACGCCGAAUAUGAAAAUUAUGGUGUAUUUAAUUUACAAAUUCCUAAAUCUUGUACUGGUGUACCAACAGAGAUUUUAAAUCCUAAAAAGACUUGGAAAGGAUCUGAAGAUGAAUUUAAAAAGACCCGUAGUAAAUUGGCUUUACAGUUCGUUGAAAACUUCAAGAAAUAUCAAGACCGAACGGUACCUGAAGUCAUUGCCGCAGGUCCAAUUCUCGAAUAG